AUGCAACCGCUUCAAAACCCGUUCUUGUUUGUUGUACAGGUUAGUAAACACCCAUCGUUGCACGCUAAGCGAUCCAGUAAUAUCUGUCUGCUGCUCUUCCCAGGCCCACUGGUGAUUCUUUGUGAUUUUUUUGAAUGUAUAUAUGUUGUCAAAUUGCUUAUGUUAGCUGGGGAUGUGGAACAGAACCCUGUUCCUCAAAAGGAGAUUCUAGACGCCAUUGCGGCCUUGUCGGCUAAAAGUGACGCACGCCAUACCGAGGUAAUCGGGAUGCAAUCAGAGGUCCGAGCUAAUCAGCAAAAACUCGAGGAAAAAGUUUCCAGCUUAGCCAGUAGGCUCGCAACAGUUCAAUCCCUGGUGGAAUCAUAUGAAGCAAAUGAGAAUGGUGUUGAUCUACCGAGAGUAGUCGAUGAAGCUGUGCGAGACCAAACUGCAGCAAUAACUUCUCGGUUGGACGAACUGGAAGACCGCUCUCGCCGUGACAACCUUAUAUCCUACGGGAUUCCUGACGUCCCAGCUGAGAACUGGUCCGAAUCUGAAACUAAAAUUCGAAACUGCCUUACUAGCUUACUACAGAUAACUUUAAUAGACGAAGCCAUUUCCCCCGCCCACAGGCUGGGUUCCUAUGCAGUAAAUAAACACCGGCCCAUAAUCGUAAAAUUCUCGUCCUCAAAACUUAAGCAAAAGGUUUUCACUGAGCGAAAAAAAUUCAAAGGUUCUGGAAUUUCUGUUAGCGAAGACUUCUGCCGCGCCACACGCUUGUCACAGAAAAAAUUGAUUGAAUUCGGAAAGGCUAGCGGACAGAAAUAUGCGCUACGGCUCAACCGUCUACAAAUCGACAAAAAAACUUAUGUUUACUGUCCGGUAACUGAUCGUGUGUGCGAAAUCCACACAAACGAGCUUGGUCAACAAAUUCUGUCCCAAAUGCACCUUCUGAUGGACCUAGCAAUUCGCAAACAUAGCGGAGUCAUGAUAGGGGAGUUGAAGGCUGCCUCAGCGCGCGAGCACAAGGGCUUGACUUGCGUCUGGUGCGAUGGAGGACUGUACGCCGACCUCUUCAGGUGCUAA